AUGUGUCAAUCAAUCUCAACCUUAACCUCCAUUGAUGCCACCUCAGUUCCCCUUGAAGUUAAAGAUUAUGUUCAAAGGGAUCCAUCCUUCGCUGCCAAUGUCAACCAAACCUCCUUCGACGCUGCAGAGGGGUUUCAGAGAGACCCAUUCUGCACUUUCAUUGGUGCAAUCCCAGCAUCUUUCAUCAUUAAAGAGGCUACCCAGGUGGAGAUGGGAUUUCUUUACCCCAUUGUGCCAUUCCUUGACUUUGAUCCAAUCAUCAAAACGGUGCCUGUUCCUGGUGUCAAAUGCCCUACAUGCGAGUUGGCAGGUGUCGAAAGCUGGGUGAUUAGAGGGAAGGUCUGUUCCAAGUGUGGGACGCCAUGUCAAUGA